AUGUCAGCGGGAGACAGCUGUCACAGCAGCAGCUCUGUCAGCCUCAGCAGCGACAAGAACACAAAGCGGAAAGGACAGAAACUCCUUACCACCUUUCUAAGAUCAAGAACUUCCCUGCAGCCAGAGUCGUCUCACUCCAAGUCUUUGUCAUCUUUUUGUACGUCAAGGUUCGACGAUACAGCUAGUUCUAUCGUGACUGUGACUGUCUCUACUAGUACUACUGCUAGUGAAUCUGGCCCGAAAGAUUCUGUGUGUCAUGCGUUUGAUCCUUGCCGAGGUCCAACUGCUUGUUCUGUGACCAAUGGCCCGUAUCAACCUUGUGCAAAAGAACUGCCGCAUGGGAAAUUUCCUCAGACGAAAUCUGGCACUUGUAAUAGGUCCUUUCAACCACACUGGUACACACAAUUUUGCUGGCUUGAGUACAGCCCUGCAGCGGAUUCCGCGUUCUGCUUUCCUUGUCGGCUGACAGUAAAGCAUAACCUGGAUAAACAAGGUUGUCCAGACCAAGCGUUCGUGAGUAGAGGUUUCAGGAAGUGGAAGUCAGCAGUAGCUGACAUGAGGCGUCACGAGGAAUCUUUGAGUCAUAUUUCAAAUGUUGGAGUGUGGAAGAAUAGCCAACAGCAGGAUGCAACCAGAGGAAGUGUUAUGCAACAGUUGAGUACAGCCUACCAGACACAAGUAGAGCUGAACAGACGCAAUUUACGUAAAAUUUUGAAGUAA